CACUUAUCAGCCACUAUCGCGGCGAGUUAUAUUCAGCUUCAAGCUUCAGGCCCAGGCCUUAUGAGGAAUAUGCCGUCAGAAGCUGUCAGAGGGCUUAGGUUAGCCCUGCUAAUACAAGUUAUGGGUAGAAGCCACGACAUACUGUGGCGGGAACACAUCUGGAGCCUGUUGAAGCAAACUCUACUUCCAACGUCUCACUUCCCGCUCGCAAUUCAACCAAGAACACGCUGAAGCUUGCCCAUUUCGCGAUCGGGGGGCACGACACGACAUACUACACACUCAGUACUCAGGUAUUAGUAACACGAGCUUCAGUGUUCCAAAUUCAUCGAUUUGCAUUCAGCCUCCUCAACAACGAGAGGAUGACGCUUUCUAAUUCCCUAGAUAUCAUCCCUAGAAUGGGGUCUGGCGUCAUUGAGCACUGUCAUGCGACUCGCGCCCACGUCGACAAAGACAUAGCUGCAUUAGCCGAGUCCUUGCGUGGCUGUCGCUCUCGCAGGAUCAGUCUCUCUUAUAUAUCCUGGCUUCCACUCGAGAUUCUCACUGCUGUCUUCACAUACAUCGUAGAAGAGGACACUUUCAAGAGUCCUACAGGCACACCCCGCCCUAAUGGUGCUCCUGUUUCUAUGAUAAUCACCCACGUCUGCAGGCACUGGCGCCAAGUCGCUCUCGAGUGUCCUACUCUUUGGGCAUCUCUCAAUUGCGUCUCUGCUAAUUGUCUGGACAUGAUGUUGGAGAGAUCGAAGAAAAUUGCUUUGGUUGUUAUCUACAGGUCGCCGGGCUCGUUGCGAAAAUGUUUCCAGCAAAUUCUUUCGCAGUUACCUCGCAUCAAAUUCCUCCAGUUGUGCUCAUAUCCAUGGGAUGUCAAUCGCAUUUUGGAUUGCUUAUCAUCGCAACCCGCGCCGUUGCUUCAAUCAUUCAAAUUCUCAGUCGCGGGGAAAUCUAACUUCAGAGUCAUGGGGUCCAUAUCAGAUGCCGUUUUUCAAGGACGAGCCCCCCUACUUCGGAGCGUUGAGCUUAUGGAAUGUACCUUCAGCUGGACGUCGUGUAUUUUUAGUGGGCUUCGAACUCUAGAUGUGAGACGAAUAGGAUCUGCAUCUUAUCCUACUCUGUCGCAGCUCCUGUCAACUCUGAGACGUAUGCCUGAGUUGGAGCAGCUGACACUUGGGCUGUCAUCCAGAAUUUCCGAGGACACCGAGCUUUCUGACCGAGUUCCACUCACUCGGUUAAAAAGUAUAGCACUGGACGCCUGCACCCUCCGAAAUGCUGUAUCUCUCUUUUCAUGUCUCGCCUUUCCCGUUGAUGUCAAGAUCGCUCUCAAUCUAGCACCAAUUGGAAGCUGCCUUUCCGACCUAUUUUCGGCCAUGCACAAGGAUCCUGACGGAUCAGGUCCUAUCAUUCGGUCGAUGCGUGCCAAUCUUUCGUACCAUACAUUCGGCGUCCAAUUCGGCACAUCAACGGCAUUCAAAUCCAAGUAUUCUUGGGACCCUCAUAACGAUGAUAUACUACUUUCGAUUCAAUUCAAAUGCAGUUCAUCCACUAGAAAGCCCCCCAUCAUAUUUGACAUGUGUCAGAUGGUCCCGCAUCGCCAAAUUCAAAGCUUGUUUGUGACAUCCUCCCUUGUCCUCCGAGAAAACUUCUGGCGCGUAGGGUCCACUGACCUUCCGGAGCUCGAAAAUAUUCAGCUGAGUGGGACCUGCAAUAUGAGAAGCCUGAUUGCUGUGCUACAAAGUGGAGGCACACAAAGUUCGGAUAUGGCAUAUCCCUCGCUUCAUGCUCUGGAGUUCGAGAAUAUCGACUUUGGAUGCGGUGAAGCUGAAGAACUUCAGGACAUUGCCAUAAUGCGAGCCGGUCAUGGUGUCGGUAUACACGAACUCCGACUAGUGAAGUGCAGAAAUCUGGUGGACGAUAGAGUGCAGUUCCUCAAGGAAGUGGUUACAGACGUCGAUUGGGACGGGCAUGAAGAGGGCUUGGUGGGCGGCAGUGGCUCGGGAGGUGGCUGUCUUUGUCACAUUUGCAGGGAUGAAUCUUCUGGGGAGGACUACAUGCAGGCACUAUUACAUUCGGAUUAUGAUUACGAUCCUGAUUCUGAUGCAUAUUCGGAAGACUAGUUUCAGUUUGACUGUAUCUGGGACAAGUUAUGAUCUUGGUCGAAUAUACACUACUUAGCUCAUUUAGCUGCA